UCGGCAAGGCGCGGUACGCAAACCCAUUCCUUCAUCCGAUAGUGGUUUCUUACAUCAUGAACUUGGCUGUACGUGCCGCAGUCAUCGGCUCACGACGGGGAAUCCUGUCACCAGCCGUUGACUUUCCCGCGACUUCCGUCCUUGGCUCCACUUUGUUGACUCCGAGACUCACUAGGGCUUACGGUGGUAGCGAUGAAGCGAAAGCAGCCCCGGAACCCCUAAGAGGAGUAGCUGCCGAGCUCUGGACUGACCAACAAGUCCCGCAAACACUGAAACCGGACUCGGAUCCCAACGCUCUUUUGCAACAUCCCCUUUACACUCCGCCGAUGAAGCCUCAAACUGGUAUUGGCCCUCUUAUAGCCCCUUUGAAGUGGCCAGAGUACGACCAGAAGAUGCCAUCAAGCGAAGAAUCUGGGCUUCCGUCGCCUCCCAACUGGCACGACCGAGGCUUUGAUGACCCAGUAUCUGCUCCCAUCGGGGAUUACCCUCGUAUUCGGCCCCAGUUUGCCCAGUUGAGGGAUCCUUUCAAGUACUGGGAUCAGCAGGGACGGCGUGAAUAUGGUGAGGUCUUGUACGACCACGAUAACUUUACCGACAUGUGGAGUAUCGGUCCGGAAGUCCAUUGGUGGGUCCCGUUCAAGCACUGCGCGAAGCUUUUGGGUAUAGUGGCCCUGAUGGGCGCCUGCGUGCACUGGUGGGAUCCCGAGAAGCAUUUGUGGUUUGCGGAGAAGGACUACCCGUUCAACGGCUUGCGGGUGGAACUUGGUGGAGACCCCAACGACGAAAAUGAUACAUUCCAUCGGACAAACGUGUACAAGAUAUAGAUUAGCGUCCUUAGGGCCACACCAUCAUGUCCUUUCCAAAAUAAAAAAUCCCGAUUAUACCUUGAUUAGCUCUAGAAUGGCCGUUGCCAGGACAUGGACAUUAUCUGUAUCUAUUGGUGGGACUUUGAACGAAAAGAACACCUCAUUGAACAUUUA